AUAAUAUUGAAAAUGAGGAAGACAUCCGUCAGCAGGAAGUCAUCGGUCAGGUCCACCUACCUUGGAAACACGAUUAAUAAAGCAUCGAAGACCAGUAGGGACCGUGCCCGGCACAAGUACGAGACUCAUGAAAGAUAUAUAAUAGAGCAGGAGCCUGACUGGGCAGAGACCCUUACUUGUGGGGUUUAUUCUAAAGAGAAUAGGUAUAAGAUUAUUAUCCAUGAAGUGGUAAAGCAACAGAAAGUACUAAUGGGUGUUUAUGAGAAGAGCACCAGAUGCUCAAGAAUGUGUUGCUGAAUUCCGAGAUGGAGGCCCUAUAAUGGAGCGAUUUUUACAGAAGAUGCUGAACCAGAGCUCAUGUAUAGCUACGAGAAGUCAUUUGGAAUCCCAUUUCUAGGAUGCUGCAGGCCUGAAAUCAGAGUUUACGAUCAUGAUGAGACUUAUCUUGGCAUGGUUAAGAAUAAAUUUCACUGUUUUAAGAUGAUCAUGGAGAUUCUUGACCCGAAUGGUAACCCCCUCUACCAGAUUAGUGGCUCAAAGUGUUCACCUGGGUUCUGAUGCGAGUCAUUGUGAUCUACAUGCUCGCCUGUUAGUUAUGACAUAAAAGAUCUUAGGAAGGACGGGAUUGUUCUUUCCAAGAUCGUUAAGCAUUCAACUGGUUGUGGAAUGGAAUGCACCUCAAAUGCAGAUCGCUACUAUCUCGAUUUCAGCUCAGUAAUGACUUAUGAAGAAAGAGUGUGAUUGACCAUUGCUGUUCACGAGAUUGACAUGCUGUGGUUUGAAAAGAAGAUACCAUUUUUCUGCUAAGGAAAUUUAUGGUGAGAUUCAAUGUGUA